CGGGUCUAUGCUAUAUGCCUACAAUAACAUCUCGAGUACAUUCCACAAUCACGUAUAUAUACACACAUCUCACGUAUAUAUGCGAUAUGUUCGACCUGAUUUUAAGCAAAGUACACCGGAAAAUAUACCGGCAGCCGAAAAUGAUGAACGCGAGUUUCAACGGUAACGCCGUCGAUCUGUCCCGUUCUUUUCUAUCCGAGGCCACCGGAGAUUCGUCGGAUGUCGAGUCUUCCGUUUUCCACCAGAAAUCGGCGGCGGUUGAGGACGACGAUGCCCAGUCAUGGAGCGGCCGUGACGUUAUCGGGGAGGUUGACGAUGAAGACCGCCUCGGCGACAAUUGUCCUCGUCAAGAGCUUAUUAAUCCUACUUCCAGUUGUUUUAGGUACGAGGAAAAAGUAUACAAUAAUUAUAACAUCUGUGAUGAGGACAAUAAUGAUGAGGACGAGGACGAGGAUGAGGAUGAAGACGAGGAUGGAGUUGAAGUAAAUCAACGGCAGAUGUUGAACAUGAAGAUUGGGCAAAAGAUCUGGGCGUUGGGAGUUAGGGGGGCAAAACGGACAAAGAAAACAAAGGUUUGUAAUUUGGAGAUGAAUAGUGAAAAGGAGAGGGAUAGGCUCUUCUGGGAAGAUUGUUUAUUGUUCUAAGUAAUUAGCAUCAUCAAUCCCCAAGCUUCGGUCCGAAAAAAGUUUGGACUAACUCAGAUAUAAUUAUACUUCGUAUUAGGGAGUAAUUAUUAUCUUCCGGUCUUCCUUUUGAUUAGCAUCUUUUAUUUUUUCUAAUGAGUAAUGCUAAACUGUGACCAACUUUACAUGUUCAAGGGAUAAUCAAUAAGGUUGACAUACGAGUUCCUUGCGCAGCGAUAGAGAGCCGCCAUCCCCAACCCCCUUCAAGAUCCGAUUUUGGAAGAUGAAGACAUUCUCUAUGCAAUGAAAGAUCGAAUCAAAGGUUUUUCUAUGCUUUCGCUCUUUUUCAAUUUCUAUUUUCAAGGAAUUUGGUCCGACAUCUUCAUUGGCCGAGAAUUUUGUUCGCUUCAUGUGAGCGUGUCGUAUGUUAUUCUCCUAGCAAUGUCUAGAGGUUGUGCGUUUCUAAUCAGUGUAAUCGAUCUGGUGAAGCUUUUUCAACCUUGUUGUUCUAAUGUUUUAAAUACUCGCCCACCACCUGAACCACCGCCUCACUCUGGGAAGAAGAAGAUGAUCAAGCGGAUCUCCUUUUCGGUGGCUGGUCAAACCGAUGCUUCAAGAAAUUUCUACUCGACUGAUUUCCCUUUGUUGGUUGCUGGUCAAACAAAUUCUCCCUUUCCGGUGGCUGGUGAAGCCGGAUCUUUUAGUUGUAAUUUUUUAAUUUUUCUUUGGAGUAGCAAGAAGAUCAGCAUGACUGUUAGACUAGACUACAUUAUUGCGUGGUUAGCGAUCUGGAAGGAUUCAUUGAAUAUGUUCCGUUCUAUGUCUCAUCUCAUUGUAGCCUCAGGCUAUUCAUUCUCUUGCAUUUUUGCUAUCACUUAAUUAUAAAUUAGUUAUUUGAUUUUCAAAAAAU